AUGCAGCCACCCGCUCCAUUCUCCUCUGCAUUGGCAUCUGCGCCUCCUCAUCCUCACGUCCUAAUCACUGCAUCAUUCGGACGUAUACUUCCAAAGACACUACUCGAUCUUUUCUCGCCUUCUCUGCGACUCAACGUCCACCCUUCUUUACUACCUGUAUACCGUGGCGCAGCACCCAUCCAACAUGCAUUGUUAGAUGGGCAAAAGGAGACUGGGGUAUGCAUAAUUGAGAUGAUGGAGCGCAAUAAAGGGAUAGAUGCAGGUGGGAUUUGGAACCAGAAACUAAUGGAUAUUCCUGAGAAUGCUACAUUUGUCACAUUGAGAGACAUCCUUGGUCGUGAAGGUGGAGAUCUUCUCGUUUCGGCGCUUCGAGACAUACUCGCCGGCAAGGCAACAUUGAUGCCUCAGACUACUGAUGCGGCAGCACGCCGCGCGCCAGUCAUUACCUCAAACGAUGCCAUUGUCAAUUUUACGACGAUGACCGCAGAAGACAUCGUUAGACGAUAUCGUGCGAUUUCCCAUCAGAAACCAAUCAUUGCAUAUUUGAAGACAAAUAGAUCUCUACAGUUACAUUCACCGUCGGUGCUCACCGACUCAAUGCAGGCUGUGGAUGAUAUCCUAACUGCGCCGGGGACUGCUAUCUACCACUCACCUUCCGCGUCGCUACUGAUUCGCUGUGCUUCUAACUCAAUCCUGUCUGUUCCUCAGGUCAAGCAGCAAGAUAGGUCAAUGUUGAAAGCCAAAGACUGGUGGAACGGUGUGAGACCCGAGAUGAGGCUGAGUGGAGGAGAUGAAGGUCCUGUGCAAUUCGUCAGAACGCAGAUCGUGGAGUCGUAG